AUGGCGGGGGCCGUCUCGGCGCUCUUUCUUCUCGACAUCAAGGGGCGCGUCCUGCUUUGGCGGGACUACCGCGGGGACGUCACUGCCGUCCAGGCGGAGCGAUUCUUCACUAAGCUGAUCGAAAAGGAGGUAAAGGGAAGGACUGCUUUUGGUGACACAAGUUUUGGGUGGGCUUUCGUUGAUUGGGGUUUCAAAUCGGGGGAUGAAACUCGCCUCGUGCUGUUUGUGAUUUGAUGGAGUUCUUUCGAGCGGAUGUGAUCCUUAAAUUUACCCUUUCUAUUUGUUAUCUUUUGAGAAUUUUGCAACGGUUUUGCUUUAAAGGUAUUCUUCGGGGUAAUUGUAACGUAUUUCUGUUCUCUUCUCCUCAUCCUGCGUAGAUUUUAUCUUUUUUAUUAGGAAUAUAGUUAAUGCCAUAAAUAUUUGAUUGAAUUCGGCUCUUGAAAUCUUGUUUUUCGCUCCUUGAUGAAAUGAGUAGCUCUGAAAAGUAAUCGCAUUAUAUCAAUUUGGUACAGGGUGAUCCAGAAUCUCAAGAUCCAGUGUUAUACGACAAUGGAGUCACGUACAUGUUCAUUCAACACAAUAACGUGUUUCUCAUGACAGCAUCUCGGCAGAACUGUAAUGCUGCUAGUAUUCUUCUCUUUCUCCAUCGUGUUGUAGAGGUGAGUUUUCCCAUGGCCGUACAUUAUUGUUAUUAUCCAUGCGCUAUUCCCUUUUAAGGUAAGAACUGACCAUACAGUUGAAACGGCUGUAUUUCGUGUUUUAUGUACCUCUUUUAUACGAGUGAUGUUUCUCAUGCAGGUCUUUAAGCAUUAUUUUGAGGAAUUGGAAGAGGAAUCUCUCAGAGAUAACUUUGUUGUUGUGGUUGGUGACAUAUUGGACAGUGUCUCUUUGUAGCACAUACAGAAUUGUGUUUUGGUGUUCUAAAUUGUCUUUUAUUUGAACAGUACGAGCUACUUGAUGAAAUCAUAGACUUUGGGUACCCUCAGUUCACUGAAGCAAAAAUUCUCAGUGAGUUUAUUAAGACCGAUGCAUACCGGAUGGAAGUCACUCAAAGGCCUCCAAUGGCUGUAACAAAUGCAGUUUCAUGGCGUAGUGAAGGAGUACGUUACAAGAAAAAUGAGGUAAGGCUUUUUUCUUUUUCGUUGAGAAACCAUGUUUAGUGAAAUAGAUCAUGCCUGAUAUUUGAUGCAUAUGUUUAGGUGUUCUUGGACGUGGUGGAAAGUGUCAAUAUGCUUGUCAACAGUAAUGGUCAAAUUAUCCGCUCUGAUGUUGUUGGGGCAUUGAAGAUGAGAACUUAUUUGAGGCGAGUUUACUGCAUGUUCUCUUCAGCAAUUUUGUACAAGCUUUUGUUACACAUCUUUUUCAAUUCAAUAUAAUUCCUUGACCACUUACUCUCAAUUCACAACUUAACAUUAUAUACAUUGUGUGGUUGUUGGGUCUCGACUCUAUAUAAGACUAGUUCUGACAUUCAAAAGUCGUUAUAAAUAAUGGUAAAAGGUUCAGGAACGCAGAAAGAUAUGCAAUAUUCGAAAUAAUAAUUAAUGGAAAAAAAAGGAAAACAAGCGGCAUGUAAGUCUUAAAGAUUUGACGUAGAGAACGCUGUGGAAGUUUUUUAUGACGGAAAGCACCCAGAUUCGACAUGCCAUACAUUUUGACGGCAUUCAAUAAGUUCUAUAUAUAGAACAUGAAGGACCUACCUGAUUUAGGGUGGUUGAUGUUAUUCUAGAAGUAUCUAGAUUUACUAGUGGAUAAAGUUGUCAAAAUCAGCAUGUUCCUCUAAAUAGAGAUUCGCUCCUGAUAGAAUUUAUGGUUUCUUCUGUUCAGCUGAAAGCCUGGAAAAUAACAGUCUUCCAUCUGCUUGAAGAUUUUAUAGAGGAUGCCAUGGAUUCCUUACCUUCCACCUUGGAAUUUUCUCCGAACACCACUGCCCGACGAUAUUUUGGCUAGCCUUUAAAUUAGCAAGAACUUGACCAUCGUUACGUAGGCCUUUAAAUUCUGUUCCAGUUGGGCCACAGUAUAUCAGAGAUAUGAUUAGAUAAUUAAGCACAACUUAACGCUUCUUAAAUUCCAUUUAAACCCAGUGAGGGGUUCCUUUUUCAUUUGGAAAGAAUGUUGGUUAAGUCCGAUGCUUUUUUGACACAAAGACAAUACGCUGUGAAUCACUGCCUGUGUGAAAUUUCUGAUUUUGAUGGGAAUCACCUUUGAUUACACUUUCUUCUUUUACAUCACUCUGCACCCGUCAUGCUGAAAAAAAUAUUUUUAGAACUUCAACAUAUUAUUUUUACAAUGUCUUCUCAGAGAGGAUGAAUAAGAUUCCAUUUCUUGUCAGUCCUUUCCCCUAAAGAAACAUUGGACCUUUCCAACUUCAACUUUUUAAUGGAUUUGAAUCCUCUGUAUAAGCUGGCAAUCCGUAGGAUAAGAGGUUGUAGGGAACAAAUCAAGACAAAAUCCAUGUCCCUCCCAUCCAUAUAGUCGUUGACACUUGUCUCUUAUCCAUAUAGUUGUUGGUUGGCUUUUUCAUGAUUUAAUUCCAUUCACCGAUCUAAUCUUGCUAUUUCUAAGUGGCGGUCCUAAUUCUUUAGCUGGAAACGUAGCUAAUUUACAGGUUAUUACGUCAGAACUGUUGACUAUUUGUCUUCUGCAAUAUCAUUCUUUCGAGGAUUUUGAAUAUUGUUGGGAGUUUUUCUGGACACUGGUUCCCCAUUAUUAAUGUUGUUGGGAGCUUUUUCCCGUGCAUUUUUUUAUGGGGUAUUUUCUUCAAAUUAAUAUUUUAAAAUAUUAUAUUAGAAUUCAUAUCUUGAAAAGUUAAAAACGAUAAUUUGUAUUGGUUCUGCUUCACAUUUAUUGUGACUGGUGUCAUGCUUAUGAUCCUGAUAACUCGUUGAACUUUUGCUACAGGAAAAAAUCUUCAAAUCUCCAUUUCACAAGAUGCUUUGAAGAUUUUCUUCUCAGUUGAUUGUUAUUUUCCUCUCUUUCAUAAAGUGUAGGGAAGAUAAGUAGCUAAAAAACCUGCGAUUUGUAGAGUAGUAUCCAUGCCAAUAUUUUCGAAAUUAUGAUUCCAUCCAUGUCUGAAUUCCCUAUUCUCUUUUGUAGAAGAAGAAAAGAAGAAAUUUCUUGUUCUACACCAUCACCCAUCAUUUUCCUUUGAGUCAUGGUGACCAGCUUCGGUCAUGAUUGAUAUAGUUAUAUACUCGAAAUUAUGUAUGAUAGUUGUUGCAACAUCUCAAAUCACAUAUAAAAACCCAGAAAUUUUUAGAAAAUGUGAAAUUGGUAAAAAAUGACUAAAAAAGGUCUCUUGAUUCGACAACGGUGACCUUUUUUUUUGGGUAAAUGAUAAUUAACAAGCAAAAAGUUUAACAUUUGCUUUCGUAUCUAUAUUUUUACAUUAGCAAGAAAAUUCCUAUAACAUGGAGUUUAAUGACAUGUUUUGAAUUGGCUGGUAUAUAAUCCAUGCAAACCUCCUGUAGCUAAAACAAUCAAUUGCCAUACAGAGUAAAGAAUGGCUUAGUCACCACUGCUGUUUAUCUUCUAGACCAUAGCACAUUGCGAAGAGUGCUUUGAAUGGGAAGCUUAUGCUUUGAAAUCUAAUUUAUAGUUAUGAGGGUCUUUGAUGAAGAUGCUUAUGAGUGUCUUUUCUUUAAUGUAAUAUUAGAUUGGUUCCAUUUUGAGAAAAAAUGGUUCUCAGGAUCGGCCAAUCUGGGUUUGAAUCUGCCUUUGCUAACUCAGAUUUCGAUGGAAAUUUGAUCGGUAUAUCAUAUUAUGUCCGUAUAUCUAUGGCCACGGGCUUGUGCAUGUAUAUCAAGAGAGCAUAACUAGUAAGAUGGUCUCGCCAUGCAGGACCUGCUUUUAUCAGGGUAAAAUCAUGUGGAUAGCAGCCUUGAAAACAAACUUAGUUUGGGAUGCCCACAACGUUUUAAAACAUAGAAAACCAAAAUUUCUGCAUGCCCUUCACAAAGUGACAAUAUGGGGGUUUCUAUCGCUGAUAGACAGGAAGCGGUAGAAAUCCUUGCAAUGCAGUGGUACGCCUGAGUGACAAUAUGAGUCUAUAAUUUCCAGCAUAAUAUUAUAUAUACAGUACAUUAACAUGGUGACCUUUGCAAUGCAGUGGUAUGCCCGAGUGCAAGCUGGGUUUAAACGACAGAGUACUGUUGGAGGCUCAGGGGAGGACAACAAAGGGCAAAGCCAUAGAUUUGGAUGAUAUCAAAUUCCAUCAGUAGGGUCCCUGAGGGCCUUGAAACUUUCUUCUCUCACUUUUUCUCAUCUGUUUAAGGACCCUUUGUCUAUGGAUAGUGACUCCACUUUCUCUGCGCCAGGUGUGUACGCUUGGCCCGCUUUGAGAAUGACAGAACAAUAUCGUUCAUCCCACCAGAUGGGUCGUUUGAUCUGAUGACAUACAGGCUCAGCACCCAGGUCCGGUAUCUGUCUUCAGCAUCAGUCUUCAGCAUCCUUUCUCUUUUUGAUGUCAAUCUCUCGUGUUUCCCAUUCUUCAGGUGAAUCCCUUAAUUUGGGUGGAAGCUCAGGUAGAGAGGCACUCAAGAAGCCGGAUAGAACUCACAGUUAAGGCCAGGAGCCAGUUCAAAGAGCGCAGGUAUAUCAUCGAGUUGACCUCUAGACGCUUCUUUUGGCAUAACUCAACCAUGAACAAACACCCUGAAUCAUCUCUUCUCGCCGGAAUGGAUUCAGUACUGCGACAAAUGUGGAAAUCCAAUUACCCUUACCUCCAGAUGCUACUAAUCCCAAUGUACGGACGUCCAUGGGCUCUGCUGCUUACGCCCCGGAGAGCGAUGCCUUGGUCUGGAAGAUUAAGUCCUUUCCUGGUGGUAAGGUAUGGCCCACGAGUUAAUACUUAUAUUUCAUUCUCGUCCCCCCAACCCCAACCGGAUGACGGCAGACGACCGACUACUGCCUCUUCCUACGAGCUUUAAGACUAAUCGUCUGACAUUCUUCUGAUUUUUCUUAGGAGUACAUGCUGAGAGCUGAAUCUACACUGCCUAGCAUAACGGCCGAGGAGGCCAUCCCUGAGAAAAAGGCCCCCAUUCGGGUGAAGUUCGAAAUCCCUUACUUCACGGUAUCAGGAAUUCAGGUAUUUUCUGGUUCCAUCCACAGUAAUGAUGAAAUUUGUCUGCACUUUUUCUCAAAUUUAAAUCUCUCAGCAUGGAUUUCAUGUACAAUACGAUGUGAGAAAUCCGUCAUUAGAUGUAAGAUUUUAGACAAGCUAUCAAAGUCAAAUGGACACAGUUAUGAUCAUUAACAUGGUAUCGGAGUCUAUGAUUGUGUUUUUAAAUUGUGUCCAUAUAUCUCUAUUUUCGUAAGAAUUUAAACCCUAAACCCUAAACCUUAAACAUAAGUAGAAUGAUUGGUAGAAUAUGAGAUUUUUGUCGAAUAACAUAGGGUUGACAUGAUAUACAAUUAUGGUGGAAAAUAUAUAAUUAUUCUCUUUUUUUUUUCUUUUUUUCUUUUUUUUUGUUGUUCUUCAGGUGCGGUACCUGAAGAUCAUAGAGAAGAGUGGAUACCAAGCUCUCCCUUGGGUGAGAUAUAUAACAAUGGCCGGGGAAUAUGAAUUGAGGCUCAUCUGA